UGAGAGCCUAGCAGCUUUUCCUCAUUGAGACAAGCGCACUCGAUCAUGUAUACACACUCUGUACUUUUCAUAAUCUCAUUCAGUCUCAGGUGUUUUGCUGAAUUUUAUGUUAUAGAUGAUCGGAUUGGAUUAGGAAGAGAGUUUGAUGGGAUAGGAGGAUUAAGCGGUGGAGGGGCCACGUCGAGGCUCCUUAUAAAUUAUGAAGAACCAUUUCGAGGCCAAAUCCUGGAUUUCUUGUUUAAGCCUAACUUUGGGGCUUCGCUGCAUAUCCUAAAGGUGGAAAUAGGAGGCGAUGCCCAAACUACAGACGGGACGGAGCCCUCUCACAUGCACACUAAAGAUGAUUUAAACUUUUUCCGUGGAUAUGAGUGGUGGCUUAUGAAAGAAGCCAAGAAAAGAAACCCAGACAUCAAGCUGAUCGGUCUUCCCUGGGCAUUUCCAGGAUGGAUCGGUCAGGGCACGCAAUGGCCAUACUUUUUUCCUAACGUUACUGCUAACUAUGUUGUUUCCUGGAUUGUUGGUGCAAAGGAGCAUCAUAACCUGGACAUUGACUAUGUUGGGAUAUGGAAUGAAAAAAGUUUUGAUGCACAGUACAUAAGGGUGCUGCGGGACACUUUGGACCAACAUAAUUUAACAAAUGUCGGGAUCAUCGCUGCAGAUGGGGACUGGCAAAUUGCUACAGUCAUGGCUAAAGAUCCAUAUCUGAACGAUGCUGUUGAGGUGAUAGGGGUCCACUAUCCUGGCACCAACACCGUGAAGGAAGCUCUGUGGACUCAGAAAAAGCUUUGGUCCUCUGAAGAUUACAGCACGUUUAACAAUGACAUUGGCGCUGGAUGCUGGGCUCGCAUUCUAAACCAGAACUAUGUGAACGGCAGAAUGACUUCGACAAUUUCAUGGAAUCUGAUCGCAAGUUACUACGAGAAUCUGUCUUUUGGUGGAGAUGGGUUGAUGACAGCAGAGGAGCCCUGGAGUGGACAUUAUGUAGUGGAUUCUCCAAUAUGGAUAACUGCACACACAACGCAAUUUGCACAACCAGGCUGGUUUUAUCUGCAGACCGUGGGCAAUUUCACCCAUGGAGGAAGUUACGUGGCAUUAACAGACCUCAAAGGGAAUCUGACUAUUGUAAUUCAAACCAUGACACACAAUCACUCGGAGUGCAUCCGACCACCUCUACCGCAGUUUGAUGCAUCCCCCCAAACAGUCACUUUUCAGCUCAAAGCUUCUUUUGCACAUCUUACUGAACUUCAAGUGUGGUACUCAAAACUGGAUUUUGCGACCAAAAACGAUACCCUUUUAAAUAAAAGAAGACCUAUUAAGGUCUAUGACGGUUCCUUUACAUUAAAAUUAGACGUGGAUGAAGUUUACACAAUCACAUCCAUCACUACUGGACAGAAAGGUUUCUACGCUGAGCCCCCCAAACCAUCCUUGUUUCCAAAGAAUUAUUCGGAUGAUUUCACUGUUGAUAACCCUCCAUUCUCUGAGGCUCCAUAUUUUGCUGAUCAAACCGGCGUGUUCGAGUACUUCAGAAAUGUCACAGACGUCGGCCCACAUGGGUUCACCUUACGGCAGGUGAUCACGGAGCGGCCGAUUUGCUGGGCUACAGAUGCCGACCAGACAAUCAGCAUCAUCGGGGACUACGCCUGGACAGACCUCAAUGUGUCCUCUGAUGUGCUAAUUGAAACUCCCAACACUGGAGGCGUGUUCCUGGCAGCCAGGGUUGAUCAAGGAGGAGAAUCCAUCAGACGAGCAAAGGGUGUCUUUUAUUGGCUUUAUGCAAAUGGAACCUAUAAGGUCUCAAAUGACAUAGGUGGACAAAGAGUUCUUGCUGAAGGGCUUUCAGGAACAAGGGCAGGUGUAUGGUACUCGAUGACUCUUCAUGUCAAGGGAUAUUUUGCCUAUGGGAUGCUGAAUGGCUACCCACUUUGGAAGAACGCUGUCGUCCUCGAGCCCAAGAGAGGUUGGGCGGCACUAGGAACUCUGUCCUUUGAAUAUGCGCAGUUUGAUAAUUUUCAAGUGCUUGUCGAUUCCUGAUCACUUUGAGUCUUCACACCCAUGUUUACAUGAUCAUUGCACACUUUCUGCAUUAUGGGAAAAUUCACCUACUGUAUUUUGUUAUUUAAUUGGAGAUUAACACACUUUGAAGAAAAUAUA